CGUUUGCCCGGCCUUGACAGUCUCGUGCUGCAGUGGACCAAUCAGGGGCGAGCUGAGCUUCACAUGAACAACAGUUCAGUUCGAGAUGGCGCCCAGCUCGAAAUCAGAAAAGAAGGAUGGCAAGCAGAAACCUCAGAGAAAACACAGGGACCAUAUUGUAAAGCUCCUAGUGCGAGGGAAGAUUACUGGGCAGUUAUCUCAGCCUCUGUUUAGGCAGCUCCCACCUCGAGUGUGUGUCCCAUUAAAGAACAUUGUCAGCGAGGAGUUCCUCAGGGCAGGGCACAUUUUUCUCGGUUUCACCAAGUGCGGACGUUAUGUUCUGUCCUACACCAGGGACUGUGGAGAGGACGAUGAUUUCUCUUUCUACAACUACCAUCUCUAUUGGUGGGAGUUCAAUCUGCACAGCAGACUCAAACAGGUCCAAUAUGUGCGACUGUUUGCAGGCGAGGAAAUCUACAAUGACCUCUACCUCAUGGUGUGUGGGUGGCCAAAUGACCAAUCUAAAAUUGUCAUCUUCGGCUUUAACUCUCUCCUUAUGAACUUGAUGAGUGCUGAGAACUACAGAGAUAUCUACUUAACCAUCGUCUCCAUGCCUUCUCCUAAGCCUUGCCCUGACUGCUGCAGACUACCCUCAACCAUGUCCAUACGCAAUGGGAGUGGCGAGUGCUUGGAGCACGGCUACGUCCUCAACAGCAGGUGCCAGGUGGUGUACCCGUUUCCCACUUUCCAACCUGCUUUCCAGCUGAAAAAGGACCAGGUCAUCCUGUUGAAUACUAGCUACUCUCUGGUGGCUUGCAGCAUCUCAGUCUGCCCAGCCAACAGUCAGAGAUCGACACAAUCUUGUCCUGCAGCCACCAGAACUGAGAAAGUUAGUGCGAAGGAGAAGAAGCGGACAACCAAACCAGAGAGCCAAACAGGGAAGCAAGGUGAAUUGUCCCAGAUUCUCUACACCAAGAGAGCACCUUUGUCCCAUCAGCCGUCCUCGUCUUCCUCCUCCACUAUCUCAGCCUCCUUACUGCCUCAGGGCUCUCCUGACAGCCGAUCACAAGCGAGCAGGGUGGCUCCGCUUACCUCAUCUCCCAGCCAAUCGCAAGCGGUGCUGCGAGCCAGAGAGUUUGCAGCCGACCUAUUUCGACGGGCUCAUGGAGGAUUUUGUGUGGGUGACAAAGAAGCAGCGCGGAAACCAGGAGAGCCGCAAAUAAGCAUCCAGCACGAGGAACAGGAUUGUCAAAAGAGGACGCAGGAAGAAACACGAACUACUUUGCCACAAACAUCUGGACAUAGUUUGGUUCACUUAUCUGAACAUGUGACGUCUCCUGCUGCGUCCUCAUCACCGUCAUCCCCUAUAGCGCCAUCCACAUCCCAGGAGGCAGAGCCUAGUGAGCCUGGUUAUGUCAACUAUUCCCGUCUGCAUUAUUGCCACCAACAGCCCGGCUCCUUAGAGCAAAAUACAGGAGCUGCAGCAGGCUAUGAGGACGAUAAAGUACAACUGCCUUUCACGGUGACAGAUCUUAAAGGAUGCAGCCUGCAGCUGGUCAGCGAGCCACACAAUGGACAGAGUGUGUGUGUGGAGCAGUUGACGCUGGACUUUGAGUAUCUUAUUAACGAGGUAAUCAGGAGAGAUGCUGCCUGGGCUCCUCGGUUCUGCUCGUUCAGCGACUACGAUGUGGUCAUCUUAGAGGUAUGUCCAGAGACCAACUUGGUCAUGAUUAGCAUCGGCCUGCUGCUACUUGCCUUCCCUCCGUCAGAACAGUGCAGGCCCAACACCUACCACUCCAACCUGCAUGUCAGUUGGGACCUUAACACGGGUGUGUGUUGCACUGUGGGAGUUGGUGACCUCGCAGAGAUCAAGGGUCAGACCACCGGGGGGGUGUGGAGCUCUUACAGGAAGUCCUGUGUGAACACGCUCAUGAAGUGGAUGGUGCCUGAGAACGGCUCGCGCAGCAUCAACAGAAUGACCAACGAAGGAGUACACAGUGGAUCUUCUCGUCAGGUGUUGGCGGACAGUGACAGAUGCACUUGGAUCGUUUUGCGAUAACGUCACAAAAAAACGGACAAGGAAAGGAAAGCUGAAGGCCUGUAGGUUGUUGAUGGCCGUGGACUGGAUCCUCUUGCCAGCCUGCGACACCGCCUGCAACACUGACCUCUGCUGGUGCAUAAGAAAACAUCACCUUCAGGUUUACGUCACAUCAGUGUUGCACAACCUUUAGUAAGUCAAUACACAUAUUUGAAUUCAAAGUCUCCACCCAACAGACAUGUUGUCUGAAUAGAAGCAGGUUGAUCCGCAGGUUAAUUAAUGUAUGUACCUCCAGCCACCUAGUUAGUGCAAGAACAUUUACCGUAUUUUUCGGAGUAUAAGUCGCACCUGCUGAAAAUGCAUAGUAAAAAAGGAAAAAAAAUAUAUAAGUUGCACUGGAGCCCGGACAAACUAUGAAAAAAAACUGCGACUUAUAGUCCGAAAAAUACGGUAAUUGCUCUUGUCUGUCUGUCACUAUUCUUCACUGGCAUGAAUACGUACAUGAGCAACAAUACAAUUGUAAAUAGGACCAAUUAACUGAAAUUACACAAUAAUCCCUACAUGAGAAAGAAAGUGAUAUCACAUAAUUUCAAAAGAAAUAUUUAAAAAUGUAUAUUGUCAACAGAUAUAACAAUGAGUAGGGAAACUUAAUUUAGUGCAAUGAUAAGUUGGUAUAUUCUUGUAAGGAUGUUCAUAUGUAUCUAUAUUGUUUCUCCAACGAUUAUUUAAUGCGUGCAUAUAGCUCAUGAUGAAUCAGGUUUAGUUUAGUGUUUUUUUACCUGUCAAAUACACAUUUAUAUACAUUCUAUAAAUAUAUGUUUUAAAAUAAAAGGAACCUGUUUUUCUUUGAGUGAAAAGGUGUAGGCUGAAGCAUCUGCUUAUUCAGUAAAUUAAUAUAUUUUACACACAGUAAACAUUUCAUGUACACAAAGGUGUCUAUCAUAUAAUAUGAUCAUAUAAUAUGAUUUACAAUCAUAUUAUUUGAUUUAUACAUAAUGGAAGAAGUUAUGCAGUGUACAAGAUCAUUUAAUUUCAAUUUAUGAGGUAAUUAUGCCUCAUAAAUGUUCUCAUAUUCUCUGCAUGAUUAUUUUGUUUUUUAUAUGAGCUAUUAUGUCUGAAAUUAUCUUAUUGAGAUUAUUUUUGUAUUACUAUGUGUUUCAAAUUAAAAAAUGCAAUGCAACAUUGAUUGGCAAAUACUGAUGAGCCUGCUCGGAGAUAGUACAGUGUCUGCUUACCUGGGGGGUGGUCUGCACUGGCUGGACCACCUGUGUAGACACACCUGGUGCAGGCGAGCUGGAGUCUGACAGACUGUCAUUAGAGUGAGCAGAACCCUCUGGCCACCAAACAAAGGGGAGAGAAUGGAAUCAGAAGGUCUCAAGUUAAAGACCAAGCAUGCACAAAAAUCAGUACUCACGGGCCACAGCAUCAAAGUUGAAAUAAAAGCCACUACAGAACAUAUUGUUUGCUGAGCUAAGGAGAAAGUGGCAGUGAACAUACCAUAACCUUCCUUCCUGCCUUAUACAGUAUCUUGCGUACGGAAGGGCAGCUUUGGACAGUUAAUCUCCCCAGAUGGAGAGAAAUCCCUCCAUUUUGUAAACAUGCACAUCAAAUGCGAGAAGGGCACAAAACAGAUGAGGUGGGGUAUUGGAUACAGUUCAAAGAGAGGGUGUGUGGAGCGGAGGCUCAACGCACUUCCUUCUAGCCUUUUACGCUAAUUAUUCCCUUCUUUGACUAAACUUUGUACUACUGUGAUUCUCCGACUUCAACCAGUCAUAUAUCUAGUGGUGCCACACUUUACUCAUUUCAAAUGCAAGUUGCUAGUGGUCUAUAAUUGUUUGAAGACAUGUACCACGUGUUACCACUAGAUGUCGCACUCUAAGACCGCUGACUACACCCACUUAUUGAAGAGGGCUACUUCUUGUGACUCGUGGAACAAACCUUAACACCUUUCCUGUGAGGACAGUGAUUGUAUCACCCAAUGGACUCUCUCUGCUACUACUCUUCUCAGUGAAUGGCUGACAGAUGUGAUAGACCUUCUGCUG